AUGAGAAAUGGCAUCAUGAGAGGCACCUGUCCCGGAAACCCCUACAUUCAGAUCUGGGCAACUGCCACUCCUCAGCCCGUGAAGGACAAGGCCAGGCCUGCCCUAGGAGGAGGAAUCUCUGAGGUUGAGAUCUCCCAGCACGUGGACAAGGAGACCAAGAGCAUGGCACCGGUGCUCUUGGUGAACUUUGCCGAUCGGGACUUGCCCCUGGCUGCCAUCAACCUCUCCAUGGCCGGCUCGCAGCUCCUGUCAAACCUGGAUGGAGAUUACCAAAGAGAAGGGUCUAACUGGCUGAAGCCGUGCUGUGGGAAGCGAGCAGCCACGUGGCAGGUAUUUUUGCUCAGUGCGAGUCUCAACAGUUUCCUGGUAGCCUGUGUAAUAUUGGUGGUGAUUCUCCUGACCUUGGAACUGCUAAUAGAUGUAAAGUUUCUCCACUUUUCCAGCGCCUUCCAGUUCGCAGGCGUCAUUCACUGGAUCAGCCUCAUCAUCCUGUCCGUGUUCUUGUCCGAGACUGUCCUGCGGAUUGUGGUGCUUGGCAUCUGGGAUUACAUCGAGAGCAAAAUCGAGGUGUUUGACGGGGCGAUCAACCUGUCCCUGGCCCCGAUGGUGGCGUCCACGGUGGCCAACGGGCCCCGGAACCCCUGGGACGCCAUCAGCCUCAUCAUCGUGCUCCGGGUGUGGUGCGUGAAAAGAGUCAUCUAUGCCUACGUGCUGCCGGUGAAGGUGGAGAUGGAGAUGGUCAUCCAGCAAUACGAGAAGGCCAAGGCCGUCCAGGACGAGCAGCUGGAAAGGCUGACACAGAUCUGUCAGGAGCAGGGAUUUGAGAUCCGGCAGCUGCAUGCACACUUGGCGCAGCAAGACCUGGAUUUGGCCGCGGAGCGGGAGGCGGCGCUACAGGACCCGCACGUGCUGCGCCAGCCACACAGCCGCUACAAGGUGGUGGAGGCCGGCGUGUGGGACGAGGAAACGGUGGCCGAGAGCGGCGUGGAGGAGAUGCUACCCUUGCCAAGUGCCUCGCUGGGUGACAGCCGGCAGUUGCUGUGA